AUGGGGGGGCGAGGGGCGGCCGGAGCCCUGGCGCUGCUGGCGCUGGGGCUGGCGCUGGGCGGCGGCGGGGCGAGCUGCCCCGAGCGGGAGCUGGAGCGCAGGGAGGAGGAGGCCAACGUGGUGCUCACGGGCACGGUGGAGGAGAUCAUGAACGUGGACCCGGUGCACCACACCUAUUCCUGCAAGGUGCGAGUGUGGCGCUACCUGAAAGGCAAAGACAUCGUCACCCACGAGAUCCUCUUGGACGGCGGCAACAAGGUGGUCAUCGGCGGCUUCGGGGACCCCCUGAUCUGCGACAACCAAGUCUCGACGGGGGACACGCGGAUUUUCUUCGUCAACCCGGCCCCGCAGUACAUGUGGCCGGCCCACCGCAACGAGCUGAUGCUCAACUCCAGCCUCAUGCGGAUAACGCUGCGCAACCUGGAGGACGUGGAGCACUGCGUGGAAGAACAUAGGAAGCUUCUCGCUGACAAGCCCAACAGCUAUUUUACCCAGACCCCGCCGACCCCACGAGAUGCCUGCCGAGGGAUGCUGUGCGGGUUCGGGGCGGUGUGCGAGAGGAGCCCCGCCGACCCCUCCCAGGCCUCCUGCGUCUGCAAGAAGACUGCGUGCCCCGUGGUGGUGGCUCCCGUCUGCGGCUCCGACUACUCCACCUACAGCAACGAGUGCGAGCUGGAGAAAGCCCAGUGCAACCAGCAGAGGCGCAUCAAGGUCAUCAGCAAGGGACCCUGCGGCUCCAAGGACCCCUGCGCCGAGGUGACGUGCAGCUUCGGCAGCACGUGCGUGCGCUCGGCCGACGGCCAGGGGGCCAAGUGCGUGUGCCCCGCGUCCUGCAGCGGCGUGGCCGAGAGCGUCGUCUGCGGCAGCGACGGCAAGGACUACCGCAGCGAGUGCGACCUCAACAAGCACGCCUGCGACAAGCAGGAGAACGUCUUCAAGAAGUUUGACGGAGCCUGCGACCCCUGCAAGGGCAUCCUCAACGACAUGAACCGCGUGUGCCGCGUGAACCCCCGCACCCGGAGGGCCGACCUGCUCCCCCGCCCCGAGAACUGCCCCCCGAAACGGGAGCCCGUGUGCGGGGACGACGGGGUGACGUACGACAACGAGUGCGUGAUGGGGCGCUCGGGGGCCCUGCGGGGGCUGGACAUCCAGAAGGUGCGAUCGGGGCAGUGCCAGCACCAGGACAAAUGCAAGGACGAGUGCAAGUUCAACGGGGUCUGCCUGAACCGCCGCGGCACCGCCCGCUGCUCCUGCGAGCGCCUCUCCUGCGACGGCGCCUACCGGCCGCUCUGCGCCCGCGACGGCCGCACCUACGGCAACGAGUGCGAGCGCCAGAAAGCCGAGUGCCAGCAGAAGGCUGCCAUCCCCGUCAAGCACAGCGGACCCUGUGACCUGGGCACCCCCAGCCCCUGCGUGAGCGUGGAGUGCACCUUCGGGGCCACGUGCGUGGUGAAGAACCAGGAGCCCGUGUGUGAGUGCCAGCAGGUGUGCCAGGGCCGCUACGACCCCGUCUGCGGCAGCGACAACCGCACCUACGGCAACCCCUGCGAGCUCGACUCCAUGGCCUGCGUCCUCAGGAGGGAGAUCAGGGUGAAGCACAAGGGGCCCUGCGACCGCUGUGGCAAGUGCCAGUUCGGGGCCAUCUGCGAGGCGGAGACGGGGAGGUGCGUGUGCCCCACGGAGUGCGUGCCCUCCUCGCAGCCCGUCUGCGGCACGGACGGCAACACCUACGGCAGCGAGUGCGAGCUCCACGUCCGGGCGUGCACGCAGCAGAAGAACAUCUUGGUGGCCGCCCAAGGCGACUGCAAGUCCUGCGGCAGCACGGUGUGCUCCUUCGGCAGCACGUGCGCGGGGGGCCAGUGCGUGUGCCCCCGCUGCGAGGGGCAGCCCCUGGGCCAGGUGUGCGGCACCGACGGGCUCACCUACGGCAACCGCUGCGAGCUGCGGGCGGCCGCCUGCCAGCGCCAGCAGAGCAUCGAGGUGGCCAGGAUGGGGCCGUGCGAGGACGAGUGCGGCUCGGGGGGCUCGGGCUCCGGCGACGGGAGCGAGUGCGAGCAGGAGCGGUGCCGGCAGUACGGAGGCUGGUGGGACGAGGACGCGGAGGACGACCGCUGCGUGUGCGACUUCACCUGCCUGGCGGUGCCGCGCAGCCCGGUCUGUGGCUCUGACGGCGUGACCUACGCCAACGAGUGCGAGCUGAAGAAGACGCGGUGCGAAAAGCGCCAGGACCUCUACGUCACCAGCCAAGGAGCCUGCCGUGCCCUGGCCACCACCCCGCCGCCUCUCCUGGUGGUGCACUGCAGCCAGACCAUCUACGGGUGCUGCCCGGACAACACCACCUUGGCGCUCGGCGUGGGCGCAGCGGGGUGCCCGAGCACCUGCCAGUGCAACCCUUACGGCUCCUACGGGGGGGCCUGCGACCCCGCCACGGGGCAGUGCUCCUGCAAGCCAGGCGUGGGGGGCCUCAAGUGCGACCGCUGCGAGCCCGGCUUCUGGAAUUUCCGCGGCAUCGUCACCGACAGCAAGAGCGGCUGCACGCCCUGUAACUGCGACCCGGUGGGCUCGGUGCGCGACGACUGCGAGCAGAUGACGGGGCUGUGCUCCUGCAAGACGGGAAUCACCGGCAUGAAGUGCAACCAGUGCCCCAACGGCAGCAAGCUGGGCAUGACCGGCUGCGAGAAAGACCCAUCGGCCCCCAAAUCCUGCGAGGAAAUGAGCUGCGAGUUCGGCGCCUCCUGCGUGGAGGUGAACGGCUUUGCGCACUGCGAGUGCCCGUCCCCGCUCUGCUCCGAGGCCAACAUGACCAAGGUGUGUGGCUCCGAUGGUGUCACCUACGGGGACCAGUGCCAGCUGCAGACCAUCGCGUGCCGGCAGGGGCAGCUCAUCACGGUGAAGCAUGCGGGGCAGUGCCACGAGUCCAUCACCCACACGAGCCACUCGGCGCCUCCCACGCCGCUGCCCACCGUCCCCUUGGACAAACUCAUCCUUCCUCCGCCGCUGCAGCUGAGCACCCGGGCUCCAGAGCCCACCGAGCUGGCCAGCAGCCCCCCGCUGACGGAAGAAGCCAAGCCCACCCCAAGAGCUCACCCUACGACGAGGCGCAUCACCACGGCCAGGCCGGCCACCACGCCCUGGAUGACCCACGGGGUGGCGAAGACCACCGUCCGCCCUCUGGCCACUUCUCCGGUGGUCCUGGCCACCACCCAGCCUGCCUACGUGGAAUCGGGCAGCGCCGAGGGCAGCGGGGACCAAGAGAUGGGCACCAGCGGAGACCAGGAGGCCAGCGGGGCCGGCUCCGCUGGGGAAGAGGAGGUGGAAGAAAGCCAGGUAACCCCCACGCCAGCCAUCGAGAGGGCAACGUGCUACAACGCCCCGCUCGGGUGCUGCUCCGACGGCAAGACGGCCGCCGCCGACGCAGAGGGGAGCAACUGUCCGGCUACCAAAGUCUUCCAAGGAGUGCUCAUCUUGGAGGAGGUGGAAGGCCAGGAGCUCUUCUACACCCCCGAGAUGGCUGACCCCAAGUCGGAGCUCUUCGGGGAGACGGCCAGGAGCAUCGAGAGCGCGCUGGAUGAGCUGUUCCGCAGCUCCGACAUCAAGAAGGAUUUCAAGAGCAUCCGUGUGCGGGACCUGGGGCAGAGCAGCGCUGUCCGUGUCAUCGUGGAGUCCCACUUUGACCCAGCCACUUCCUACACGGCAGCGGACGUCCAGGCGGCCCUGCUGAAGCAGAUCCGAGCUUCCAAGAAGAAAACCAUCCUGGUGAAGAGGCCCCAGCAGGAGCACAUCAAAUUCAUGGAUUUCGACUGGAUCCCCAGGCUCUUCACCACCACCGUCACCACCACCACGGCCACCACCAUGGCCCCGGCCACCACCCGCAGGUACACCACGGCCUCCGCGGCCACCACGGCCCACGGCUUGCGCCAGGACGCCGCGGCUCGAGCCAGCACCAAGCUGCCCGGCCCCCUGAGCACCAGGAGACCCAGCUCCACGCUGCCCGCCGCCCCCCGCCGCAAGACCCCCGGCACCAAGAAGCCGCCGCGCCCCUGCGACUCCCACCCCUGCCUGCACGGGGGCACCUGCGAGGACGACGGGCAGGAGUUCACCUGCAGCUGCCCGGCGGGCAAAGGGGGGGCCGUCUGCGAGAAACCGAUCCGGUACUUCAUCCCCAGCUUCGGCGGCAAGUCCUACCUGGCCUUCAAGACGAUGAAGGCGUACCACACCGUGCGCAUCGCCGUCGAGUUCAGGACCGUGGAGCUCAGCGGGCUGCUGCUCUACAACGGGCAGAGCCGCGGCAAGGACUUCAUCUCCCUGGCGCUGGUCGGCGGCUUCGUGGAGCUCCGGUUUAACACCGGCUCCGGCACCGGCGUGGUGACCAGCAAGGUCCGCGUGGAGCCCGGCAAGUGGCACCAGCUGGUGGUGAACCGCAACCGGCGCAGCGGCGUGCUGGCUGUGGACGGCGAGCCCCACGUCAGCGGGGAGAGCCCGCCGGGCACCGACGGCCUCAACCUCGACACCGACCUCUUCGUUGGGGGAGCGCCCGAGGACCAAAUGGCCGCGGUGGCGGAGCGCACGGCGGCUACGAGCGGCCUGAAGGGCUGCAUCCGCCUCCUGGACGUGAACAACCAGCUGUACGACCUGCGGGAGAAAGGCAGCGACGUGCUCUACGGCAGCGGGGUGGGCGAGUGCGGCAACGACCCCUGCCACCCCAACCCCUGCCACCACGGCGGCAUCUGCCACGUCAAGGAGGCCGAGAUGUUCCACUGCGAGUGUCUGCACACCUACACCGGUCCAACGUGUGCUGACGAGCGGAACCCGUGCGAGCCAACGCCGUGCCACGUCUCUGCCACCUGCCUGGUGCUGCCGGAGGGGGGAUCCAUGUGCGCCUGUCCCAUGGGGCGCGAAGGGGACUUCUGCGAGCGAGUGACGGAGCAGGACCUCACCAUGCCCUUCCUCCCGGAGUUCAACGGCUUCUCCUACCUGGAGCUGAGCGGGCUGCAGACCUUCGUUCCUGACCUGGACAAAAUGUCCAUGGAAGUGGUGUUCCUGGCCAAGAGCCCCAGCGGCAUGAUUUUCUACAACGGGCAGAAGACCGACGGCAAGGGGGACUUUGUGUCCUUGGCCUUACACGACGGCUACCUGGAGUACAGAUACGACCUGGGCAAAGGGGCGGCCGUGCUCAGGAGCAAGGAGCCAGUUCCCCUCAACACCUGGAUAAGCGUUUUGUUGGAGAGGAACGGGCGCAAGGGGGUGAUGAGGAUCAACAACGGCGAGAGGGUGAUGGGAGAGUCACCGAAAUCCCGUAAGGUGCCCCACACCUUCCUGAACCUGAAGGAGCCGUUCUACGUGGGGGGAGCCCCCGAUUUCAGCAAGCUGGCUCGAGCGGCCGCCAUCUCCUCGGGCUUCAGCGGAGCCGUGCAGAGGAUCUCCGUCAAGGGGGUGCCCGUGCUGAAGGAGCCCAACAUCCGCAGCGCCAUCGAGAUCUCCCCCUUCCGAGCCCACCCCUGCACCCAGAAGCCCAACCCCUGCCAGAACGGGGGCACCUGCAGCCCCCGGUUGGAGAGCUACGAGUGUGCCUGCCAAAGGGGCUUCUCCGGGGCUCACUGCGAGAAAGUGCUCAUCGAGAAGGCAGCUGGAGACGCCGAGGCCAUCGCUUUCGACGGCAGGACGUACAUGGAGUACCACAACGCCGUGACCAAGAGCCACCUGACCAAUGAGAUCCCCGCUCCCGACGAGGACUACCCCGCCGAGCCCAGCGAGAAGGCCCUGCAGUCCAACCGCUUCGAGCUGAGCAUCAAAACGGAGGCCACGCAGGGCCUGAUCCUGUGGAGCGGGAAGGGGCUGGAGCGCUCCGACUACAUCGCCCUCGCCAUCGUCGACGGCUUUGUGCAGAUGACCUACGACCUGGGCUCCAAGCCCGUCGUCCUACGCUCCACGGUCCCCGUCAACACCAACCGCUGGGUUCACAUCAAAGCCUCCAGGGUGCAGAGGGAAGGUUCCCUGCAAGUCGGCAACGAAGCCCCCGUCGCUGGCUCCUCUCCGCUCGGCGCCACGCAGCUGGACACGGACGGGGCCCUGUGGCUGGGGGGGAUGGAGAAGCUCAGCGUGGCCCACAAGCUGCCCAAGGCUUACAGCACCGGCUUUGUUGGCUGUAUACGGGACGUGGUUGUCGACCGCCAGGAACUGCAUCUGGUGGAGGACGCUUUAAACAACCCCACGAUAUUACACUGCUCAGCCAAAUAG